GAUAGGAUUUCUGGUCCUUGUUGCCAUAGUAAACAACCGGUCAGAAACUAAGCCGAGAGAAGAGGAUAAGAAGUUUGAAAAUGCUACUGAUAAACAACGAACACUUAAGCAACCGCAAUAACAUUUAAAUUCAUUCACAUGUAUCGGCUGGAUACGUGCUCUUUCAGUACCAUGGACAAGGUCAGUUAUACCACAAAAACCGCUGAAACGUGGUAGAAGAAAAACGAUACCUUCAGCAAAUAUAAAAGUUAUUAUGCUUAUUUUAAAGACAUAUGAAUUCGCUGUUGAUAAUAUAAUAGAUAUAUUAUCACUCCAUUCGGAGUUAUGUUUAAGAAAAUCAAUGCUGUUUUCCGUCCGAACAAUGGGCAGAGAUGUCGGGACGAAUACAAGUCAGAGGACUACCACAACGCAUGUACAGUGAAGCUAGUGCGAAGUACAUCCAUGCUUGUUGUGGGCGAAACCCAACAACAAAUUUCCGAUUCGACGUUAAAACGUAGCAAAAGUUCUGUGGACAUAGAAUCCGCCACAGCACUUCAGUACUACCACCGACAAGAGGACCGGAUUUGGCUAUAUUCUCAGAAUCGCGACUGUCUUCAGUAUUUGGAGGAUCUGGUGGCUUUACGGAGGCAGUAUAAGAAUAAUGUGAGCCAUCUGAACAGCAAAGGUCGGAAAGCAACGAUUUCCUCCAAAAAGAAGUUGCCACCCAUACCACCCUCUUCUAGGCGUGAGAAGACAUCAAAAACCAAAGCCACGGCACCUCCAAUCCCCAAUGAAGAGGAUACUCUUGAGUUUUUUGAUUCUGUCAUUGCAAGUUGUGACCUGGAGCCCAAGCGUAAACCUAACUUGGACAAUGGACAUGCUGACGUAGAUUUCAUUGUGGCCACCAGCACCAGUGAGCAUGACCUCCACUCCAACUGGGUGCUGCGCAACCCCAGGAGGUUCUCAGUAGAUGAGGACAGGCUGAAGAGACCGGAGGCACAAAAGAGUGACAGGGGCAGUGGGAGCAGUUCAGUGGGCAGCAGGAGGCAGCUCCAGCGGAACCCCAUCCACCUGCCAAAGGUGGUGGAGAGUGCCUUACAAACCCUGCGUUUUAAACCCAAGCUCAGAAAGAAGGACUAGAUCCCUCAGGCCCUGCCCUACUUGACUGUCCUGGGGCAGGUGAGGAAAUGUUGAGGGACUGGACUCUGGACUAUGUGUUUUGAGAGAGAGUGCAGCACUGUGUGCAUGUCUGUGUUGCCAC